GCUGCUUAGAAAGCCUUAAAGGUCAACUAGACUCGACUGUACUAGUUUUUUAGGCAAGUUUAAACACGCAGAUUCUUUAAUGUCCGUCACGUGACUUUCAGAACCAUAUCCUCGACACGCACCUGUGGGGAUUGAGUUGCUGGAUCAAUCCAUGCUGGAGUAUCGCCGGACUCAACUUCACCAGUAUGAAGAACCUUGUACUAACCUUUGUUAUCUCAUUAGUUGUGCACGAUGUGUCUGUUGCCGAGACAGAUGUUGUGAAGAACGUAUCAGUGAUUGAGGGAGAUUCGUUCACUCUACAUACAGAUGUUACUGAACUACAGAGAUGUGUUUUAAUUGAGUGGAGCUUUGGAGAAGAUGUCAUUGCUAGAAUUAGUUGUAAAUCUAAUGAGAGCAAUUUAUAUGUCAAUGAUCGAUUCAAUGACACAGUGAAGCCAGACAAUCAGACUGGAGAUCUCGAGAUCAGGAAAGUUAGAUUCACAGACUUUGGACUUUAUAAACUUGUGAUCAACGGCGCCAUGGGGGUUUCAUCAAAGACAUUCAAUGUCAGUGGUGUGAAUAAUCCGGUGUCCGAUGGAGUGACGAUCGUGGCGGUACUGGAGAGAGACUCUGUCGUUCUAUCGCCGGGUUUUACUGAAAUACAGAGAGAUGAUCAGAUAACCUGGAGGUUUAAAGGCACAGUCAUUGGUCAACUAAAAAAUCAAACAGCUGAAAUCUUUGCUGAUGUUCUUGAUGGAAGAUUUGAAGACAGACUGCAUCUGAAUCAACAGAGUGGGUCGCUCUUUAUUACUAAUAUUAGAGCCAACACCUCCGGACCUUACGUAGUAGACAUCACCAAGAGCGGCAGCGGUUACACCACACACAAGACUUUCAGAGUUGAUUUCAUCAUUGAUGAAGAGAUUAGGCUGUCGGUGAUGGAGGGAAAUUCUGUCACCCUACAAUCUGGUGUUUCUGAAAUACAAAGAGACGAUGUUAUAACAUGGAGGAGUGAAUAUGGAGACUCUGUGAUAGCAAACAUGAGCUAUAGGAACUUGACUGUAUUUGAUGGCGCUGAUGGGAGAUUCAGAGGCAAACUGAAGCUGGACGCCAAAACCGGAUCGCUGACUAUCAGGGACACAAGAACUGAACACACUGGACUUUAUCAUCUUGAUAUCACCAGCAACCGGAGCUCAACAUUCAGGAGAUUCUAUAUAUCUGUCAAUUCACAAGAUUGGUCUCCAUUUAUUAUAGUAGUAUUUUGUGUUGCUGUUCUGCUUCUGGUCGUGUUUAUUGUGACCUGCUGUCGAAACAAGGACUCUCGUCUAAUAAAAUGUGACAACUGGAGGAAGACGGAACAGCAGUGUGAAAACGGAGGGGAUGAGACUGAAAAUAUGUGUAUUCAGGGCAUGACACCACUUGAUGUGAAAGUCAAUCAACUUUUACCCAUGGAUGAGGAUAACUCAUUAUACAGCACAGCACAUUACAUGAGCCAACAAUUCUCCUUAAGCAUUAACCGCAUGAUCCACGCCGACCUCACAGAGAUGGAAGAUCAGUUCAGCGUCGCACGGAGACGUCAGAUAAAGAAAUUAUUGUGACGUGCAGCAAAGUCCCAUUUUCUGAUCUUCUGAUCUGCGUUUCACCCUUUCAG